AUUUAUCUUCGACGCUCCAGCAGGACGGAUGAGGGCGGCCCAACAAUGGCCUCUCAGUGCUCGGCGCUCCUGCACCGCGUUCAGCCUCAGAGAUAACCCUUGUUGUCCCUGCGACCGGGGUGAGGCAGAUGGGGUGAGGAACAAUGGCCGGACCCGUGUGGAGGGCGGCGGCGACUGACACAGAAUGUCUGGACCGGAGCCAGAACCAGAACCAGGCCAGAUGUCUCCGCCCUCCCCGACCUCACCGGCCCGCCCCGCCGCGUCAGACGGGCCGAACGCACCCUGAGGGAGCGGCAGAGCUGGGUGUUGGCAGCGUGGGCAGCGGAUCAGAACCAGAACCCUCUGCGGCAGAUAUAAUGGCUACAGCGAGCACCUCGGGGCAGAGCAGCUUCGGGCUUGGAAAGAAGAAGAAGAGUCCCGGUCUGAUGGAUCAGCUAAGCAAAUUGUUUGGAGGAGAGAAGAAGAAGAGGAGCAAGGGCUCGUUCAGGGGUCACCAGGCCGCCUCGCCCCAGCAGCCCUCCGCCCGCCGUCGGACCAAUGAAAACGCCGUGGUGCAUUUCUUCAGGAGCCUUGUUUCUUCCCCUCCUCCUAAAUCCACGUGGAGAGAAGUCUUGGGUUUGUCCCACGUCGGCCAUGUUUUUACCCCCGGCGCCCGGUGGGCCCUCAUGACGCAGAAACGCCCCUUCACUCACACACUGACGGUUUUAACAGACGGUUUGUUCGUUUCAGAACAAUCCUCUCUCCUCCUCUUUGCUUCCAUCCAGAGCGACUCGCUGCUUCUGGAUGACUUUGAAACCGCUCAGCUAUUUAUGACCCGGCCUCCGCGUCGCGAACUGAGAGCACGAAGUCGCCGGUCAGGAGACGCAGAGAACAAAGCACGCUGUCCAGGAUCUUCAACCUGUGACGCUCUCCGCCGAGAUCAGGAGAAACCAAGUCCCGUCCUCCCCCAAAACGCUGGAGCACCAUCUUCUAAGCUCUCCGCCGACCUCCACCGCUCAGAUCCGACGGGACCGGAACAACACCAGGCAGGAGAGGCGGAGCCACAGGAGUCAGACCCACAACCUCAACAAAUGUUAACCGACUAACGCAGCGACUCUCCAGACUGAGACACGGAUUUUUGUAAAAUCUGGAGAGAAGUAAAGUUUGACUUUGUUGCUUCUAAAGAAUGUUUGAAUGUUUCUGAACCGUCCUGCUUUCCGUCUGCUGUCUGAGGUUCCUUCUGUCUCGGGUUCCUGCCUGAGUGACGUGUCGCUGCUGUCGCUGCUGUUCGGUUUUAAUCAGAACUUUAUCUCUCUUCAGACACCAGUUUAAAUGUCCAGUAGAUCUGUUCUGGUUUGAUGCAGCUUCAUGUUUCAGGUACUGUAAGAUGCAAAGUGUUACGUGGCCCUUUUCACUGCACUGUAACUAAUUCUUAAUCUGAGGGAUUAUGUGCAUCAUAAUGAGGGUUUUAGAAGAAGGCAGAUGUGUGUCGUCUGAGCUGAUGGUUAAACUGUAAGUGAAUCGGAGGUUUUGGUCGAGUGAGGAGAUCAGAGCUGUCGGGCAGCAAGUCGGGUUCAAGUGUUAUGCUAAAUAAUUUCUCAUUUGUUUUCAUAAGUUUGUUCUAACAGAAAAAAUCUGUAAAUAUCUAUUUAUCCUCCGUGAUGUUCAUGUGAAACCGCUGUGCAUCGUAACAGAAACGUUCAGUCUCGUCUUUAAUAAACGGUCAGUAAAUGUGGCUUCACAACAA